GACGUGGUUGCGUGGCCAUGGACGUGGGCGCCGACGGGUUCGAGCAGAGCCUCCCUCUGCUGCAGGAGCUUGUCCUGGGCGCGGACUUCGUGGGUCUGGACAUAGAGUUCACGGGCCUUCGCACUAACCUGGCCGGAUCCCAGCAGAUCAGUCUUUUUGACUUGCCCUCGGAGUGGUAUCUGAAAACCCGUGCGAGUGUUCAGCAGUUUACAAUCUGUCAGAUUGGAUUGUCUGUGUUUUCCAGUAUCGAAGGAGAGUCAAACAAGUACGUAGCCCAUUCGUGUAACUUCUUUCUCUUCCCUACAACGUUUGGGGUUUUGGACUCGGAAUUCUCUUUCCAGGCUUCUAGUGUUCAGUUUUUGAAUCAGUAUGGCUUCGACUAUAACAAGUUUCUCAAACACGGAAUCCCAUAUAUGAAUGAGGAACAGGAGAAGAAAAUCAAACACAACAUCCUGACUGGGAACUGGAGAGUUCGCAGCUCCCUGGACAAAGACCUGAUCAAGGUGGUGAUUGGUGAGGUGACGCGGUGGCUGACCCUGGCAGAGGAAGGCGACUGCAUGACCCUCCCCGGCAUCGCUGGCUUCCAGGCCUUCGAGGUCCAGCUGGUGCUGAGGCAGGCCCUCCCUGGCAUCUGGACGGCGCGGACAGACUGCGGGGUGACAGUGAAGAAAGUGAGUAAACGGCAUCGCUGGUACCUUGGGAACACCUCCUGGGAUCCAAAGAGCCGCUGGAGGGAGGAGCUGCUUCUCUCCGCAAGGGGAUUUUCCGUGUUUUUCCAGAUGCUGGUAAAAGCCCAGAAGCCCUUGGUGGGGCACAACAUGAUGAUGGACCUGCUGCAUCUCCACGAGAAGUUCUUCCGGCCCCUCCCAGAAAGCUACCAUCAGUUUAAGCUGAACAUCCACAGCCUGUUUCCUGUCCUCAUUGACACUAAGAAUGUGACGAAGGACCUAUGGAAGGAACUGAAUUUUCCAAGGGUUUCAAAUCUUUCCGAAGUUUACGAAGUCCUGAACAGCGACUGGAAUCCCACCAGGAAUUCCGGGCCAGUGAUCACCCACGCAAGCGAGUGUGAGAGAUACGCGGAGACAAAGUACCCCCACGAGGCAGCCUACGACGCCUUCCUCUGCGGCUCAGUUCUUCUGAAAGUGGCGCACUUGCUGCUGUGGAGAGUGCACAGUGCUGGCCCCAUGCCUGAGCCCUCCUUCGCCCUGUACCUCAACGUGCUCGCUCCCUACGUGAACCAGGUGAAUCUGAUCCGCGCUGGGGUCCCGAAGAUCAAUUUCUCUGGUCCGGAUUUUCCCAGUGUCCGACCCCCCAUCCUCAUCCUCAGUGCCAGCAGGUGGCCCGGGGUGAGCGAGGAGCAAGUCUACCGCGAGUUCCAGAAUCUCUGCAAGUUUGACGUCCGGCGACUCACGCGGAACCAGUUCCUGCUCUUGACCAACAAGUUCAAGGAUGCCCGCAGCGUCCUGAAGGAGUACAGGAGCCACCCGACCCUGCGGGUCUCCCUCUAUCGGUACUGGAGGCACUCGCCGGACAUCAGCUGCCUGUUGCAAGUCUGUGGCAUAGUUACCACCUGGGCCCUGGUCGCCUUUCUCCUGGGAAGACCCAGCCCCUGACGCUGCGAGG